GGACGCGUCAACGACGAACCAACUCCAGUGUCUCGAGCCAUGCUCAAAGGACGAGGCUUGGGGCUCCCUGCUCUGCCCCACACCAUUCGGCAGCUGCUGUUCGCCCCGCUUCCCGACGCCCAUGUCCCUGUGAAGAUCCACGGCUGGGUCAAGUCGGUCCGCCGCCAGAAGAACGUCGCGUUUGCGGUCGUCUCCGACGGCAGCCACGACAAGGGCAUCCAGGCCGUCUUUCCGAAUGCGAGCCAGGCGAGGAGCCUCACGAACGGGACGAGCGUGCGGCUGGAAGGGCGGCUCCUCGCGAGCCCGGGGAAGGGCCAGGACAAGGAGCUGCGGGUGGACUCGGUGGAGGUGCUGGGUCGAAGCGACCCCGAGAAAUACCCCAUCCAAAAGAAGGAGCUCACGGUGGAGUACCUCAGGGAGCACUGCCAUCUGCGUCCCCGCACCGAUGCUGUUGCCUCAAUGCUGUGGCUGCGUCACAUUGUGUCUAAUUCAAUACGUGGUUUCUUCGAGAACAAUGGGUUCUGCUACGUGCACACGCCGAUCAUAACUGCCAACGACUGCGAGGGCGCUGGAGAGACCUUCCGAAUUGCUCCUGACUCGACGCUGGCCCCCGUUCACUCAGGCGAUGCCGCACCCAAACCAUCCGAGUUCUUCGGACAUCCUGCGUAUCUCACUGUCUCAUCACAGCUGCACUUGGAAGCACUUGCCGCGUCCAUCUCACGGGUAUACACUCUGUCACCCUGUUUCCGCGCUGAACGAUCGCAGACAAACAGACAUCUGGCCGAAUUCUGGAUGCUAGAAGCCGAAUGGGCAUUUACGCAGACUGUGCACGACGUGUGCAAUGUGGUGGAAGCAGCAAUCAAGCAGGUCCUCGACGAUGCAGCCGACAAGUCGGAAGGCUCGAAUCCAUGGUCAGAACGGGCCGCGAAACUCCAGGCUGAAAUCGCAACGCGCGAUUGGCCGAGGAUCACAUAUGCAAACGCAGUGGAAGAGCUAGCGUCGUUCCAGCAGGCUACUCGUGCAUUCCACUUUGAACCUGCGUGGGGUUUACCUCUGCAGAGCGAGCACGAGCGAUGGCUCGCGGAGAACUUGGCCAAGGGGCCUGUGUUCGUCACGGACUACCCUGCAGAGCUGAAGCCGUUCUAUAUGCGCCUUAAUGACGAUGGGAAAACCGUUGCAUGCUUCGACCUCCUCAUGCCGGGCCUGGGUGAACUCGUCGGCGGGUCACUUCGCGAAGAGCGGGAAGAUCAUCUGUCGAACGCUAUGCGCAAACACGGUUUGCAAACGGACCAGUACGACUGGUACCUCGAUCUGCGGCGGUACGGCAGCGCCCCUCACGGAGGAUUCGGGCUGGGCUUUGAGCGGCUCAUUAGUUGGGUCGGUGGUAUCGAGAACAUACGGGAGUGCAUCGCAAUGCCUAGGUGGGCGGGGAGAAUGCUGCUAUAGCGAUAGAUGCUAGACUACGUAUGUGAUGGUGUGGCUGGGCUGCUGUUGGACAGUAACGACGAGUACACUUC